UGACUCUCCUCCGUCAGAAGGCGACCGGGAUGCGGCCCGUCCCGCAUGCUGCCUCCUAGCUCCGCCGCCGCCGGCAGGAGCAGCGGCGUAGCCGCGGCUCCCAAACUUCUCCGCCGCCGUUCGAACUCACCGCGGCGCGGCGGCACACCAUGGUCAUCAUGGUGCGCGCGACCGCGGCGCCGCACCACCACCACGUGGUCCACCCGGUGGUGUGUUGCACGGUCAAGCGCGCCAUGCGCUUGCUGCCAUCCGCCCUGCUGCUCAUAUUCGUGCUCUCACUCAUACUCGUGACCCUGGUCCAGAUCGCGGUCAUCCACUCACACCGGCGGGCAAUCUACCUCCAGCGCCGACUGGCCAGCACCUCCAGGCCGUCGCCGGCAAGGCCCCAGGCCGCGGUCGUCUCCUCGGGACAACUGCGGCCUGUGGCCUCGUCUCCUGAUGGUGGUGCGUCCGGGUCUCCGACGGCCCACUUCCAGGCCUGGUCGGCCGUCCACAGGGCCCGGGGCGGGGACUACUCGCACCGCAAGCCCAACGCGAGUCACAAUCGGGCGCAAGCGGCGGUCAGGGCACGACCUAACGCGCUACAGGUCGAGGCCCUGCUGGACCGCAACGCGCCCACGGUGGACAACAACAUCAAGAUCUUGACGGGACUGGCGAACGCGGCAAGGAUACGCGACAUCUUCGCCGGUGCCCGGGCGCGGACGCCGCGUCCGAGGUUGACGUCGCCGGCGUCGGUCCGUGAGGAUAUGCUGGGAAGUGCAGCGCAGGGCGACAACGACGACGACGGGGUCACGUGGGAAUUGGUGAAAGAUGAUGUGUACAGACGUGCGGGCGGCGGUGUGUCGGCCGUUACGGUGGUCCGCGAAGACGACGAAGACAAUGACAGCGCGCGACGGACGCGAAAGUUUGCGUCGGACAAGGCAAAGAAGUCGUCCGUCGAAGUAGUUACGCGACCUCUUUGCCCCGAAGUGCCUCCUGGACUGGUGGGUCGCGUGCAAGUUGACCUCGAUCUGCGACCGAGGCGGCGACAAACGCAGCGGUCGGUCAAGGCAGCGCAGGCCGGCAAGUCUAGUGCCGGAAGCGGCGUGCCUGCACCGUCGCCCACCGGUGGACUGUGGAGCCCGGUAGAGUGUGCCGCGCGUCACCGGGUUGCCUUGGUGGUGCCCUACCGGGACAGGCGCCUGCACCUGCUCCUCCUCCUGAGGCACCUGCAUCCCAUUCUCAGGAGGCAGCUACUGUCCUACAGGAUAUACGUUGUCGAACAGUACGGCAACGACACGUUCAACAAGGGCGUGCUGAUGAACGCCGGUGUGAGGGAAGCGUUCCGCGACGCCGACUACCACUGCUUUGUGUUCCACGACGUGGACCUCAUUCCCGAGGACGACCGCAACAUGUACUCCUGUCCGCCUAGUCCCAGGCACAUGUCCGUCGCUAUUGACAAGUUCAAUUACACGUUGCCAUACCAAAUGCUAGUUGGGGGCGUGCUAGCCAUUAAGCGGGAGCACUUCCUCAAAGUCAACGGAUUCUCCAACCUCUACUGGGGCUGGGGAGGAGAGGAUGACGACAUGGCGUACAGAAUCAAACACAAAAACCUCAAGAUCAUUCGUCCCCCAGCUUCGGUAGCGAGAUACACAAUGAUCAAACACCACCAACGACCGGAAUCGCCAAACAACAUAAGGAUGGCUCUGGUGCGGAUGGCCUGGUACCGCAUGAACAAGGACGGCCUAAGCACGGCCAAGUACCGGCUCGUGAGUAAGCAGGUGCUGCCCCUGUACACGCACCUGCUUGUGGACAUCGGCCACAACCACAAGUGGCACUUCUCCAGCUCGCAGAAGCUCAUAAUCAACCUAUGACCGCCGGAACCGCCGGCGGCCAGACCCUGCCGGCUGGCCAUGAAGCGGCCAGUGCUUGCUGCUCAUCUCUACGCGCGCGCCAUGGUCUCUCCUGACAGGCCAUGUGCGCGUCUCUUACGACACAACC